AUGCGCCCCGCCCCCCCCCCCCCCCCCCCCCGCCGGCACCGGGACGGAGCCGCGCCACCGCGACCCGCGGCCUCGGGGUCCCCGCGUGGUUCCGUGGGGCCGCACGCCCGGGGUCCCCGCGCACGUGGGGCCGCUCCCGCCUUACGGUCCAUAAGCGGCGGCCCCGGCUCCCGGCUCCGCGCCGCUUCCCCCCGUCCACGCGUGGUUCGGGCGCCGUUAAUUGAGAGCGCGGCCCCACGGGCGGCCCGCGGCUGUACGGGGGUGAAAACCCCGCGAGGAAGAGGCCCCGGCCUAGCUUGGCCUACGUGCAGCCCGACCCACGUCGGCACCCCGGCCCGCCCGCCCCACGGCUCGCCACGAGGCCCCGCGUGGGGCCGGGGACCCGCGUGCGGUUCCGCGGGGCUUUGUGACCCGGGAGCCCGGCCCUGCGAGCAGCCGCUCCCCGGGGUGAGGGGUCGGUGCGCCUUGGCGGGCGGCCUUGGCAGGAAUGCUAAAAAUGCGCUAAUUGUGCCCCGCCGUGCCGCCGGGAUUAGGGGGAGCCGCCUUUUAGGAAAUAGGAGCGUGGCUCGAUCGAUAGCGAAGGGCUUCACCCCGCGUCCCCACGGCUCCUUGGGGCUCCUCGGGUUCGGCGGUUCCUGGCAUCGCCCUGCGCGCCGGGAUCUGAAGUUGGAACAAAAAGGUCCCCAUGGAAACCGGGAGUCAUCUAUCAGUACCGCGUUCGCCAAGUCCUGCCAUGUUUUGGGGGAGAGUUGUGCCGCGCCGCCCGGCCUCUCCCCAUGCGCGUGUGCGUGAGGCCUAAAACAAAGCAACCGUGUCAAAGCGCUCCUUGAGAGAUGGAAGGGCUCCCGGCGGGCAGCAGGGUUCCCAGAUCCCGGCUUCAUUUCUUCCCGAAGCAGUGGAAACGUUUGGGACCCCUCUUUGCAAACUGUUGUGUCGUGGUACGGCUGCCAUCAGCCUGAGCGGCUCCUGGGCUGGAGCUGCAGGGGUGUGCGGUUGUAAUGGGGUGCUCGGGGAUGUUCAGCAGUCACAUUUAAUCCUCUUUGCCAAAGAACCUUUAUGAAGUCCUGAGCUGAGAGUGGAGAAACAGCAAAGCACUCGAACCCAGCGUUAAUGAUUUAGUAUGGGGUGUGCGAACGCGUUGUCGGUGCCUCUGCAGAAACGAAACAGUGCUUUAAUGCAGUAAUGAAACCUAAGGUGUCCCAGGAACUUGUGUGCACAACAGCAUGGAAAGAGCUCCCCAAUAAGGGAUGUGUCCUGUCUAACUGUAAAAUAAACCUUACAGAACAAA